AUGGUCGACGUUUCCAACAUUAUUGCUCAGAAUAUCAUGAUCAAUCUUAAUCCGAAGCUCGUCUGGGGUGGUGAUGCUUUUACUCUCUCUGGAACUUCGCGAAUUUGGAUUGAUCAUGUUACGACCCAAUAUACUGGCCAUGUGCACUACUCCUUUGGUCGCGAACCGAAAGCUCUGAUCACCAUCUCUAACAGCUUCUUAAACGGUGCAACCAACUUCUCAACUUCGUGUGAUGGGCAAACCUACGGGCUAGAGCUGGUCGGCACUGACGACCAAAUCACAUUCUCAAACAACUAUGUGUAUCGCACCUCUGGCCGAAGCCCAGCACUUAGCGGUAGCACGCUCUUCCACGCCGUCAACAGUGUCUGGGAGAAUAACAACGGACACGCUAUCGAGGGGACCGACGACGGCCAAGGUCUCUUCGAGGGAUGUAUCUUCAACAAUGUCAGCCGGAUAGUCGUGGAUGACUUUGUUGGUCAGCUUUUUAGUUCGCCCAGUGAGACUGCGAACAAAGCUUGUGAUGACUAUCUUGGAAGGGACUGUGUGGCGAAUAUUCAGACGAAUGAUGGGUCUAGCUUUACCAGGGUGGACACUGAAUUCUUUUCGAAUUUCACUGGCCUCACUAUCGCAAGCGCAAGGGCGGCUUCUGCGGCCCAGACGAGUGUUCCGACUAAUGCUGGGAAUACGCUUCAGAAUGGCUUGUCUUGA